AUGUUAGCAUGUUCGAAUCCACACAACUUGGUAACACUUUUCUGGAAAGUUAACACCUCAUUUCAGCUGGAUUUCGUUUCUCACUUGUAUUUCUUCUGUUUGUUUGCAGCGAUCCCUCUAGACCCUGUGGAUCCUGCUCCUGCUAAAGAACCUACUCCUUCGACACAAGAGGCUCAGGGUCAACCACGUUCGACAGACCUCACUGUCUCCUCUCACUCCAAAAAAUCCAAAAAACACAAACGUUUUGCCGCCACAGGCUCUGAGGUAUUUCUUGUCGGCUUGUCUGAUCUUCUGACUAGACUCUCUGCUUAUAACCUUUCUUCAUGUCUUCAGCCAACUUCCCAGCCAUCUUCCCAGCACAAAUCCAAAAGCCACCAUGGCCACAAAAGAAAGAAGCAUGAAUCUCCCUCUAGGAGUGGCGAAACCAAGAAAAAGAGACACCAUAAAGUGCUCACUCCAGAGGCUCCUGCUGCAGAUGCUGACACCAUCGUGGUCGACACUUCCAUUCUUAACAAGGCCCCUGAUCCAGCUGUGGGGACUUCGCAGUCGACCAGCACCUCCGCUGCUGUGGCCUUGGGAAAAGAAAAUCAAGAUGCCGUCUCCCCUGCGUCGACACAGGCUGAUGCUUUUGCUGAGCCGUCUCAACCUGUCGCCGACUACACUCCUUCGUCGUCGGUUUCUUCUCUAGCUCGCCCACUACAAUCUAUCGACACCGCUGGUGAGUUCAUUGGCUUCCCUAUCCAGAUUAGUGAUAGUGACUCUGACUCAGUCACUAGUCCUGCAAUGUAUACGGAUUCCAGUUCGACUAGUUCUGACUCUAGUCUCUCUUUAGCUUCCUUGCCUUUGCAGGAUCCAAGGGGACCAGUGGGUGUCGAAACCAAUAAGAAACCACCUUCUCCAACUACUCCUCUGUCAACUGCUUCCCCUUCUUCUCAAACUACUCCUCUGUCGGCUGCUUCUCCUUCAUCUUUCCAGGGGCUGGCGAUAAAGCCUUCUUCCUUAUAA